AUGCCACGGGUCAAAACAAAAAUAGAAACGUUACAGGAAUCUUCCAUCUUUAUAUCUCGAAUCUCAUUUGUGCUAGUCUUUCAUCUAAUUUCAACUGCAGUUUUUCCUUCAAGUAAAAUUCCGUUGAUCUUCUCCACCUUGUUUUCAGCAACCAUAGUAAGCCAAACAACCAUGUUUCGGAACCUGAGAAGACAGAUUUCCAGAUACGCAUAUGAGAUAAAUGAGGUUAAGGAGAUUACUUUGCCAGAUGAUAGGAAAGAUUUGAUUAUAUCGAUUUAUGAUUUGAAAUCAUACCUGGCAAAUGCCCAAAAAUGGAACAAUAGACGUAGGUUAUUAUUCAGACAAAUGUCACCGUUGCAGCAAAAGAUUGCAAGCUCCAUUAACUAUCCAAAUAAGCUGAACUUAGUUGAUCAAUACUUUGAGAAGAACAAUAAAAUUAUUGAUCAGAUUGUAAAGUCUUCUAUUAAUAAAUACAAUGUCAAAGAUUAUGAAUUACAGUUUGUUGAGGAACAAGCCAGUUUACAGAAGAGAAAUCAGUUCUUUCGAGUUGUGGAGAGUCUUUGCCAUUAUGCCCGUGAUUGGUCUAAGAAGCCAUCAGAGGAAAUUUCUCCUUUACUCGAAUACAUCAUGUUACAGUGUAAAGAUUUGAACGAUGAUAAGACAGUUGCCAUAGUUCCAGGUUCGGGGCUAGGAAGAGUUGCACAUGAAUUAGCUGCUCAACUAAAAUUAUCCUCUGUUCAUGCUGUCGAAUUUUCUUGGUCGAUGGUUUUGAUGAAUGAAUUUCUGUAUUCAACGAUGGAAAACGUAAACGAUUUGAAUGUGUAUCCCUACCUACACACGUAUUCGAAUCACUUGACCAUUGAAGAUCAGGUAAGGCCCGUUGAAAUAAUGCAUAGUCUAGAAAAACCUCAGUCGUUAAAUAUUCAUCAUGGCGAUUUUACUCAGUUUAAUCUAUCGGAUCACCUAAAGGCUAAUGAGGACCCGGAGAAUUUGCUCAUAGUGACCUGUUUCUUCUUAGACACAGCUGAAAAUUUGAUUUCUUAUUUUCAAGCAAUAAAUAAGUUAUCUUCAGGUUUCAAUGGUAAAGUCAAAUGGAUCAAUUUAGGCCCAUUAAAAUAUGGGACUGCUGCUAAAAUCGAAUUAUGCGAUGACGAAAUGAAGGCCAUUAUAAAAACCAUGGGCUGGAAUUUUGUGGAUGAACAAAAACCAAAACUUUUAGGUUAUUUGACGGACAAGAAAGGUUUAUGGCAAGGAUACUACGAUGUCACCAUGUGGACGGCUGAAAAGCAAUAG